AUGCAGUUUCCGUUCAAACCCAGUGCGACCCCGGAGUUGAUCCCAAAAAAAUUUAGGAUGCCAGAUAUCCCGAAGUGUGAUGGAACUUCGGAUCCACAAAAGCAUAUCACAACUUAUACCACGGAUGUAAAGGGAAAUAACUUUGCCCCGCACGAGAUCGAAUCUGUCUUGUUGAUAAAAUUUGAUUCUUUGAUUAAGUCUUAUGCCGGGGCAAGAAAAGUCCAAGUUAGAAAGGCAGAUAUAUUUAGAAUCGCUCAAAGAGAAUCUGAACUAUUGCGAGAACUCAUGAUCCGAUUUCAGAAGGAAAGGAUGUUGUUGCCAGCAGUACUAGAUGAGUGGACAACCGAAGCAUUUACCAAGGGUCAUAAUCGUGAGAGGAAUAAGGAGAAGUUCAAAACUAAUUUCGAUUCAGAUUGGAGGUCUUCCAGGAGUUGCUUUCAGCCUUACGAAAAGGAUGAUGGGUGUGGAAAUAAUGGGUUCCAGUCAUCAGACAGGUUUGCUUACGAUAGAAGGUCAGAUCGUGGCCGGAGUAGCAAAGCUUUGCAGGAGAAAGAACCAUCAGGAUCUCGAGAUUCAACUUACCCCCGAUUGUCCGACUACAACUUUAACAUCAGCUUACUAGAAUUUAUGUCGGCUAUGAGAAACAUUAAGGAGGCCAGGUUCCCAAAACCAGAUCGAUCGGGACCUAGUCAAAGGGAUCCUAAUUUAUGGUGUGAGUUCCAUGAAACGCAUGGUCACAAGACUGGGAACUGCCAGCAUCUUCGUGAAGAGGUGGCAACUAUAUUGAUGAAUGAUCACCUUAAAGAAUUUCUGAGUGAUUGGGCCAUAAGUAAUUAUGGGAAAAAUCGAUACGCUGGGGAGCCAGCCAAACUGGCUGCAAGGUCACCUCGUUUGACCAUAAACAUGUUCUUUGGUGGGGACGAAGUAAAUGGGGUGACAUUUUUAGUAGCAAAGAAGACAAAGAUAUCGUUAACUCAUUGGCAAGAAGAUCUGAGAAGCCUUAGAAGAUGA